AUGACCGUGUUAAUAAAUACAUUAAAAUUGUUAUUGCCCACACUUCUGCGCAAUUAAAAUUCAAUUAUUUUUAAUAAUUGAUAUCAAUCUGGCUAACGACAUUUAUGUUGUUCGUGUUAUCCCAUUUAACAAGUCAAUUGUAGUUAGUAUGUGUUAAAUCGCACGAGUUCUUUUUAAAAAAUCUAAAAGAUUUGGAUAAUAAAAGAAGUGUGUAAAGAUGAACACUGUACUGUUGCUAUCUGUUGUGGUUGGUGUGUUUGCUGUGACCUCCAGCUCUCCAGUAUCACCCAUUAUAAACCCUAACCAAACUGGAAGAUCUAAUAGACCUGGCGCGUGUCUCCAGCCUAAGUCAACUGGACCAUGUACGGAACUGAUUCAACGUUACUUCUUCAACAAGAAAACAUCGAACUGUGAGAUGUUUUACUUCGGAGGUUGUUUUGGUACUGACAACAACUUCAACGACUUGAUGUCCUGUCAGAUGACAUGCAUGGCUGAUGAGUUAGAUAAAGUUCCGCCCCCACCCGAGGACAGCUUUUUCAAACUUUUUCCUUAAAUUGUUAUUUUUACAUGUUAACUUUGAAUUUGUCACAUAUUUACUCAAGUACUUCGUUAUGUUUUGAUUUGUUUGUCCAGGGUCUUUCAAAUAGAGAAACACCAUUGUUUGCCUAAAUGUUUAUUGUUGUUAACUCUAGUUUUUAUUAUAAUUUUUAAUAUAAUUACAAUAAUACAUGUAAAUUUAGAUAUAUUAAUGGAUUACAAAUAUAGCCUACAGUCAUAAAGCUGAAACGAAGAAAAAAUCUGGCAUGAAAACACUGAUUCUUGUAAUUAUUGUAAUUUUCUAAAUGAAAUUUUCUUGAUAUUAUAAAAAAAGUUAUAAGUUUUUA